AAUUUUUUUCUAUUCUUGUUUAGCAAUCAUAGCAUACUACCUAAUAUAUUCUUUUGUUAGAGCAUUUGGACGUAAUCGUUCUUGCCAAUAUGGCGGGUCGGGUGUGGACCAAAGGCAUCGCUUGGAAGAAAACGGCUAUUAAGAUACUCGGAGAAAGUCAUACUUUCCCAACACAGAAUUAUGAAGAAAAAGCAUUUUUCAAUGCUACACCAACGUCUUUUUUGGCAUCAAUGUCACAAGACAAGAUUGUAAAAUCACCUUUUUCACCGCUGUCCUUUUCCAGGAAAAGCUAUCCUGGAAGCCACUUUUUACCAAACAGUGGCGGAGAUAACUUGACAGAGUCACUGUAUAAGUUUUCUAUGACCAGCUCGGUCGGUAAUCGAUUGUGUGGAAUUCGUGCCUAUAGUACUAGUGAUAGUUCGCACAAGCCCACAGAUUCGGAGACUCCGAAGGUAAAUAUAAUUUCAUCCAUGUUCGAUGGAGAACAGAAAAAAGCAAAAUUUGAAGAAAAAGAAGAAGAAUCUAAGUCAGAAGAUAAAGAGGAAGAUAAAGAUAAGGAAUCUCCUUUCAUGAGAAGUCAACGCUAUGCAAAAUGGUCACUUCUUGCUACUUUUAUUAUUGGCACACCUACUUUGAUUUAUCAUUUCGGACCACCAAAACAUGACGAAAUGGGAAAUAUUAUUGAAGAUGAGUUUUCGAAAGAUCCAUUACCUCUUGCUUAUUUAAAACGGGCGUGGGGAGAAAUUAAACUGGUUGAAAAGGACAUUGUUGAACCUUCAUCUCAGAAAUUAUUGCCUGAUCCUCUCAGGGAACCAUAUUAUCAACCUCCAUAUACCCUCGUUAUUGAGCUUUUUGAUGUGUUACUUCAUCCAGUGUAUGACCAAGUUACAGGUUGGCGUUUCAAGAAACGACCUGGAAUAGACUAUUUUCUUGCUACGGUGGGACCCCCACUUUACGAGAUUGUAAUUUUCACUCGUGAAACUGGGAUGACAGCUUAUCCUUUAAUUGAUUCUAUGGAUCCUAAGGGAUAUAUUAUGUAUCGUCUUUUCCGUGAUGCUGCUCGAUUUAAAUCUGGAUUUAAAUCGGGUAGUUUAAAAGACAAAGAGCUGCCUAAACUUGACCCUUAUUACCAAAAAGACAUAACAUAUUUGAAUCGUGAUUUAAAACGUGUUGUCGUAGUUGACAAUGACAAACGCGCCACUGAGUUGCAGCCCAGUAAUGGUAUUACGUUGAAGCCAUGGGAUGGUUCUAACACUGAUACAGAACUUUUUGAUCUCGCUGCGUUUUUACAUACGUUAGCUUCAAAUGAAGUUGACGAUGUAAGACCUGUAUUAGAACAUUACAGGAAGUUUGAAGAUCCUCUUGCUCAAUUUAAACUAGCUCAAAUCAGAAUGAGAGAAGAGCAAAUAAGACUUGAGAAAGAACUUCAAGAAAACAAAAACAAACCUUUCAUGAUGAACUCUGGGAAAGGGGGUUUCAGUAUGCUCACAAACUAUUUCAGGCCCAGAAAAACAUAAAAUUUAGUUAUUUUCUUAUUUUACUAUUUUUAUUUAAUUUUUUGAUUCCAAAUGCUAAGUUAUUACUUAGUUACUGUAGCUAUGGUUUUCAAUUUACAAGUUAGAAAUAACCUUAUUUAAUUCUGCAUUCUUGUUAACACAAUUUUUUGUAGUCGUAAUAUUUAUUUACCCCCCACCGCAACUAAUUAAGCAUUUGAAAUCAUAUUAUUUUGCCUGUUGCCUGUAUUUUACUCGGAUAUUUGGUUAAAUACCUUCUGUUUUCUGUGCCAAGUGUUGCCAUUACAAGUAGUACAUUCAAUGUCUCUGAAUUAUUGGGGCUAUGAAAAAAGAACUCCCUACAGUCUGGGUCCUUGCAAUGGUAAACCACUCAACAAAAUUGCAUAUUUCUUUUGGAUUGAAGAGGUGCAGUUAUUAAAAGAGAGUUGAAGUUAUGUAAAAUUUUACACAGUUAUGGCAGUUGUGAUAUCUUUUGUAACCUCAUCUAUGAUAUAGACCUACCGUAACUUCCUAAUUUUUGAAAUAUGUAUUUUGUGUUGUACACUGAUUUUCAUGUUCGACUCUAUUUUGUUCCUAGUAAAACUGUUUACAUUCACCCUACCUUGUCAUUUUGCAAUGUUGUUUGAUAUUUUUUGUCCUUGCAUGAUUUGCUGUGGGUCAAGUCAAUUUUGUCCUCGUGUUGCGUUCUUGUAAUGAAUUGUCCCUGUGUCUGUCUGUCUCAAUAAAUGUUUGAAACAGAAUCAUGAAGACCUUGGCCUUAAAAUGGCUCUCAUUGUAAUAUUAUGUCAUGGUGUUGUCAAUUUUGCAGUUUGCACCUCUUUUGCUAAAGUCCGCUCUAUUAACAUUUCCAUGCUUUUUUGUUUUCUUAGAA